UGUUCUCCCCCACCCUCCCACCACCUGUUGCCUAGUCAAGGGUUCACCAUGGAUAAAACCAAGAAAAAGAUGAGCGUCGCUCCUUCUCACCCCUCGGGGGCGUCCAGAAAAUAUAGUGUUUUUGAAAAAGAUGCGCUCGGCCGGAUUGGUAAACAUAGAACGUCAAGCCACGAUAUCUCAGGUACUGAACCAGGAGAUGAGGAGUCUGUCACAGAUUUUGCAAGAAAUGAGUUACUUGCAUUCAAGUCUAGUUUUUCAAGACCAAAAUAUGCUAACACAUAUAGAAUGGAACCCUACAGAAAAUGUGAGGCUCAUGUAGUAAGGAAGAGAGUGGAAGAGAUCCUAAAGAAUAAACUACAAGAUUUCAAAUACAAUGGUACCAAUGGCUCCGCCAUAUGUACAAGCCUAACAGAAGAUUUAUUAGCAGCUGUCAAAGAACUGGGCUUUGAUCGUUACAAGUAUAUAGUCCAAGUAUUUCUUGUGGAAAAGACUGGACAGUCAAUACAUAUUGCCAGCAGAUGGGUCUGGGAUGUUACAAGGGACACCUGGGUUCAAGGUCAAUAUGAAUCUGAGAAUUAUGUUGCAGUGGCUCUGAUAGUUGCUUGUUAUUAUGAAUAACCUUUUGCAAACAAGCCCUGUAAUUCCUACAGUUCUCUACAAAGGUAUUCUGUAUUUGCUCAAAUAAACUCAA